AUCGUGGGCGCAUUUCCUGUUCAGCGGAUCUUUUUCCUUAGCACUUUCGUUUCGGAAGGAGCCUUGAAGUUCUUUAUCUGGUGAUUGAACUGAAUAUAUCGCUCAUUGAUCUCAAAGAGAGAACCUUUCGCCGUCAAUACUGUAAGUGGAAAAGAGAGAAGAUGAAAACACGAGUGCACACGAGCUAACAGUAGUCACUGUUUUUUAAAAUGGAAAACGAAGUACCCAUUUCCGCUGUCAAUGUAUGUAUGGAUUCAGAGGAGCAACCUAAUGAAAACCACGAUUUCAAAAGGUAUAAACUGAGCCAAGUUUUGUCGAGUUUUGAGCAGAAGCUUAGAGAAAAAGGAACGUGCUUUGUAAAUGACGCACGGUUGACUUUAUUCCCAUGGACCCAAGCCUUGGUCAGUGUUGAAGAGAACUUAAACCACACGAGACUUGCUUUUAAGGAGAUGGAAGAAACUCUGAAGACUGAAAAUAGAAACAUGUGUGAAAUGCUCGCUAAUGAAAUAUGCUUGCGUAACCAGCGAGAACAGGAAUUUAGAGAAAAAGAAUCAAUGUUAGAGGAAACAAAGAAAACGUUGGAAAAGGAAAAAAUAUCAAGAAAUAAUGCAGAAGAAGAGUUAGAGGAAGCAAAAUCUGUUUCCAUGCUAAUGAAAAUAGAGAUGUGUGAAGCAAAGCGGAAGCUGAGGGAAACAGAAGGACUCUUGGACAAGCUAAGUCAAUCUUUGGCUGAAGAGGAGCGUCUGAGAACAGGAAUGGAAGAAGAAUUAAAACAAGAAACGCUUUCUUGUGCCGAGCUGAAGAAAAGAUUGGAAAUUGAGCGUCUGACUAAUCAGUCAUAUCAAGAAGUGGUCAGAACAAAGGAAGAGGCGUUUAAAGUUCAACUGCUUCAACUGAAACAAGAACAAAAGCAAAAGACAGCAUUAGAACGAACACUGAGUAGACUGGAAACUCAAAUGGAGGUGGAAAGAAACAGGUUAAUUCUCAACCAAACAGCCUUGUCUGCAGCUCAGGAGAAAUUAUCCGAAUACGAGCGGCGUCAACCGGGGACCAUUCCAAGAGGCGAAAUUGCUUUGGGGUUCCUUUUACCAACUUACUGGAUUUUACAACCAAAAGACUCACAGGACCUAGAAAAGACUGUACAUCUUGUUGAGCUGGAUCGUGCGAGUGGAACACAGGAAUACAAAAAUGUUCAGGACCGGUUCAGGAAAACCUGUCCUAACCAAAUUGUUAAGAUAGAGAGAGUUCAAAAUCCAGCCCUCUUCGGAAUGUAUAUGAUCCGAAAACAGAAGAUGGACAAGGCGAAGGGAAGCAACGAGCUGUGGUUAUUUCAUGGAACUGCGGGUAAUAAUUGCAAACUUAUAAAUCACGCAGGUUUCAACAGAAGUUUUUGUGGUAAAAAUGCAACCAUGUACGGAAAUGGCGUGUAUUUUGCUGAAGACGCCUCAUACUCAGCUCAGUCCAAGUAUUCACCAGCGGACGCGAGUGGUCAGCGAUACAUGUACCUGAGUAGAGUCUUGGUUGGUGAGUUUACACUAGGAAAACAAGGUCUUCUCACACCUCCAGCAAAGAAUCCAAAUGAUCUAACUGACACCUAUGAUAGCGUGGUUAAUAAGAUUCCCAACCCGAAAAUAUUUGUUGUGUUCUAUGACUGGCAGUGCUAUCCGGAGUACUUGAUUACCUUUCGCUGACUCGCACAGUGAUGCUUUUCUGGCUGUCUGUGUUAUGAUAACACACAAUGUAAUUCACCGAACAGAUAGUAAACAACAACACUGACUGUUUGUGUUUUAGUUCCAAAGUGGAAUUGCGAAAAACGCUUUAAACUGUAUUGGAUCCGUCAUACGUGACAACAUUGGACGUUAUUAUAAGCAAAUGCUUGACAGAAAAUAGGAUGCUACAGGUGUUACCUUACUUUACAAGGAUGGUAGCGACUGUAGAUCGCGCACUGUGUUAGUGCUUGGUAAACGCGCGUCUUUUUCGUUGAAGUAAUUUGUCAUCGGUAUGUUUGAGCUUUAUUAGUGUACUCAUUAGGUAGAGGUUGAUGGUUUUUAGAUAUAACCGUGGGUAUGGUACCGCCUAAACGGAAAGCAAUUUUACAGGAACAUUUUGUGAACUGUUUACGGACAAUUCACCCGUUGGUUCGAGUUUUCACACUGUUAGGUCGGAAAUUCUGUUCAGGAAUGCUUUUUUUCAUUGGAUUGGUAUCUCCGCAUAAAGAGUUCAGAUCAUGGAGCUCAGAACAAAUUAUUAACACGAAACUCAAAGCAUGCUACUUGGAUUUAGAUGUUAGAACGCUUUUGUGAGUGAACAACGUUCGGUUGUAACUCUUCGCAUGAUGCGAAUAAGGCCAGCCAUAACGAUAUUUUGCUUCUCUGCGUAUUUAAAUUACUCUAAAAGCAAGCGUUAAAUUUGGCUUUAUGACCAAUCUACUAUCGAAAAUGCCUAAAUGAACUAAUUACGUUGCUUAAUGCUCUAAGUUGAGAUGUGGAUGUAAUUAAUAAAUUGAGUUGAACGUUAUAAAGGACCGAAAAUUGAUUGAACUUUUAUCCGUCAAAAUCGCAAACUAUUAAAUGGUAUGCAAUCACUUUGAGAAGGGAGCUGAAUUAAAAUCCAAAGCGAGGCUGUUUCCUCAGGCGAACCUCAAUAGUUGCAAGUUAUUACCCAGGCUUACCUCGAACGUUCCGGGGAAAGACGUUCAAUCUUUUCGAGACAUGCAUUGAAGUGUGUCUCAGUUCCGGCUUAUCGAUAAUCUUAAAAAUUUUGAAUUGUUUCUGAUAGCUUUUGGCUGUGUGGAGCCGUGUGAAGUAUACGAUGGAGGACGACUACUGUAAAAAUAUGCUUCAAAAAAUUUCUCGCUCAGUUACUGAGAGAAGUAGUCGGCUAGAAAUUUAAAAAGCAUUGUACACGCUUGCAUGUUUUGCUUUUUUUGUUAGGGAAAGAGAAAAAUAAAUUAAUGCUUCUACUUA